UUUAAUCUGUUUUGUCACUUUUGUCAGUUGAUCUUUGGACGCAGGCUGGAAGUCAUACAGUGUCACCAAGUUAGAAAUUUGGAUCCGCUGAAAACCGCAGAUCACCUUUCUCUAUUUUUGAUACAAAUCCUCGCAUCUUAACCGAAAUGGCCUAUCAGAGAGCUCCAACUGUAGUAGGAGUGCCUAACUUCAAUGCUGUAGAAGAUGCAGCAGCUUUGAGGGCCGCCAUGAAGGGCUUUGGUACAGACGAGCAAGCGAUCAUUGAUAUAUUGACUACCAGGUCCAACAUGCAGCGGCAAGCCAUAUCACAGGCUUUCACACGAGAGUAUGGAAGAGAUCUCAUUGAAGACCUGAAGUCCGAAUUGGGUGGUCACUUCGAAGAUGUAAUUGUGGCUCUGAUGACUCCCCCUGAGGAGUAUCUGUGCCAAGAGCUGCACCGUUGUAUGGAGGGUAUGGGCACGGAUGAAGACACCCUCGUUGAGAUCCUCUGUACCAGAACCAAGCCGGAGAUAGCCGCUAUUGUGGACACAUACGAACGAUUGUACGACCGCCCGCUGGCCGAGCACAUGUGCUCCGAGACGUCGGGCGACUUUCGCCGCCUCCUGACACUCAUUGUCGUCGGGGCCCGCGCAGACGAGGCGCCGGCCGACCCCGAGCGGGCCCGCGAGCUCGCGCAGGAGUUGUACGACGCCGGGGAGGCCAAGUGGGGGACCGACGAGGAGGUCUUCAACAGAAUCUUAGCCCACGAGAGUUUCGCCCAGCUCCGCCAGAUCUUCGAGGAGUACAAGAACAUCGCGGGGCGCACCGUCGAGCAGGCCAUCAAGGCGGAGAUCGACGGAGAGCUCAAGGACGCGCUGUCCGCCAUCGUCGAGUGCGUCCAGAACGCGUCGAGCUGGUUCGCGACCCGGCUGCGCGGCGCUGUCCAGGGGCUCGGGACCGCGGACCGAACCCUCAUCCGUAUCCUCGUCAGCCGCUCCGAACUAGACCUGGGCGCCAUCAAGCUGGAGUACGAACGUCUCUACGAUAAGACGCUGGAGAGUGAAGUGAGGGUAUGUACGUUACAGUGGAGUGCGUGGAGGACGCGGCCGGCUGGUUCGCGCGGAGGCUGCGGCGCGCCGUGCAGGGCGCCGGCACCGACGAUAGGGCUCUGGUCAGGAUCCUCGCCACCCGCGCCGAGGUAGACCUCGAUAACGUCAAGCUGGAGUACGAGAAGCUGUUCGACAAGACCCUUCAAAGCGACAUCUCGGUACGGAAACGGGUCUGGCUUCAUUUGUACGGUGGAAGUAAACUCCACAUUAAAAAAAAAUGGGCAAAGCAUGUCAAAGAAGUGAAAUUUCUUAUUUUCUUUUUUUUAUUUCCUUUGUAGGCAGACGAGCGUACGGCCCCCCUGAUGUUAAGUGGUUACCGUCGCCCAUGGACUUCAACAAUGCCAGGAGCAGAGCCAAGCCGCUGCCUGCCUUCUUACUUACAAGUACCUAUAAACAGACAAAAUACUACAAAAAAUCGUAUCAUGUAUAUAUAUAAUGAUUCAUAUGUAAUUCAAAAUUAUUCGAAUAUGUACAUAUUUGAAUUUACCUAAAAGGUAUAACUUUGUUGAUAUAAAUACCUACUACCUAGUAAUAAAACCUUCACACGGAUAUGUUACGCUCAAUAAUUCAUAAUAAUCAUAUUAUAUUAUAAUUACAUAAUAAUUAAACAACCAUUUUUUCUCGGUUGUCGUUAGAAAUUUCACUUCAAAGUUCAUGUAAGAUUUAGCAAACAGCGUAAGAAUGCUCAUCCACCACAACACCAGCUUCUACUCGCACUCUGAUACAUAUUAUUACAUACCGAAUCCUAUAUGUAUAUACAUAUUAUAUAUUUUAUUCCUAACGUUAAUUUUUUUCUAAAUCAAUCAGUUCAUUUUGACUAAUUAACUUGCUUUCAAUGUCGUAAUGGUUUCGGUAUACUAUUCCUUGAAUCUAUGUAACAUGUUUUAAUGUAUUACAUUCUCGCUACCUGCAAUGCGUCGGAACAGGAGGUGAGAUUGUAUUUUCAUACAUUUUCCUACGUUGAAGAGAACUUUUCUUAUUUACGUCCAAAAAAGUCCAACACAAUAUGAUUUAAACAAAUAGUCAGACUUUCUUAAAUUCAUCAAUAAUCUACUCCGGGUGAUGGAGACUUAAAAGCUAUGAUUAAUUUGCAAGUAAUUAAUAUAAUACUAAUACAUUGCAUUUCUUUCCCACCCGCAUGUGCAUCUGUCCACGAUCGACACGAAAUAUUGCUACACCGCCAUCUCUUGGCCGCCAUGCUGACUACACCGCACGUGCUGCCAUCUAACGGUUGAUUGUGAAUUACCGAAAAUGUCCCGCGUUUUGACAGCAGGGAGAGACCUCUGGAGACUACAAAAGGGCUCUGGUAGCCCUCAUCGGACCAGCUUAAGAAGGCCUUUGCUGUUGGAAGCAUCCAUUCGAUGUCAUACAGAUUGCUUCUUAUUCCUCGAAUAUUUACAACAACGUUAACAAGGAUUAUUUAAAGAAAUUAGUAAUAUUAUAAUUGUAUUUCAAGUAAAAUUUAUUUUUUGUUGAGCUUUACGUGGCCUAUCUGAGCUAAUAGAUGUGAUUAUUUUAACUUUUAUCAUAGAAAUACAAUAGUUUUUUUUGUAUGAAAAUAAACAAAAUCGUACAAUUUGAAAGUACGUUCAUUUUGUUUAAAUUAAAACAACUGAACAGACUGAGAUAGCUGAAUAAUAUCCUUUAUUAUCAUUAAAUUAAUUUAAUAAACUAUUUAUUUUGUCAUUGAUAACAAUUAUACAUUUUAUAAAUUCUAAAUCUUCAAUUGUAAGUGCACGCAUUAGGUACUUUGUACAAUCGCCUUAUUAAUGUCAUGAAACAUGAAAUUGUUGUCAAUUUAAUAUUUUAUCGCGUGUUUUUGCAUUCCGAAUCAUAUUUUGUGAGGUCCGUGUUUUUAGUAUUCAGUUAAGCUUUAAAAGUUUAUAAAAAUAUUUACUAUUUAAUAAAUAGCUGUGUACAAUA